UAAAACACACCGUUUUUGCUUCCCAAAGCUUCUGGCCUUCGCUUUCUCUUCUCGCUAUCUCACGAUUUCGAAGGCUCUCUAUUGUUUUCCCUUUCGCUGUUUUUUUUAUUAUCUCUUUCUCUCUCUCACGCACACCCCAGCGAUCGCCGACUUUCAUCUUUCUUGUGGUCUUUUCCCCGUUUCAAUCGGUAAGCCCUAGCAACUCUCAAUUCUCUUUACUCUCUUAAUUUCAUCGAGAGAUCGAGAAAAUCCAUGCAUCGUUCUGUUUCUCUUCAACAUAUCUAGGGUUUAUCCUCUUCGUCUUUUGCUCUAAUUUCUAGGCUCUUCUCUUUCCAUAAUCCAAUUAUUUUCCCUUAGAAUUUUCGAGCAACAUAGGCCGAAAAUCGAGGAUCUGAUAUGAAUUUUUUCUUGCUUUGGUUAUUUUAACUACUUUUAUUGGUUAAUAUCGUGUUGAUUACCCUACAAUUUGGGCUUCUAUUUUUUUCUCAAAAAUUGGAAAAAAAAUUGGUGGGAAUUUGGUAUUUUUCCAGGGUUUAGGGGUUAUAAGUAAACAAUUUAACGGGGACUUCUUGAGUUGGUGAAUUAAGCUUUCGGAUUUUUGAAAUUCAUAUAUGGCUGCUGGGAGACACGGGGGUUAUCGUGAUAAUGAGAUUAGGGACAGAGACUCAGAGUUUGAGGUGACAAGGCGGGAAUUUGCUAAUUCUAAAGAGUUCGAGCCAUCUAGGAAUGGUAGCCGUGAUAAUGAAAGGGGUCGGGUGCGGGAAGCUAGAGAUAGAGACAGAGCUAGGGUUAGACAAAAGGAUAUUAAGGAGAGGGAAGUGAUAAAUGGUGGGUAUCGUUCCUCUUCGAGUAGAAGUGAUUCAGGAGCCAGUAGUGGCGGUGAUGGUGGUAGUCGUGGGCCCAGGCGAUGUGAGUUUUCUCGUAGGGUGGUGGAUAAGGAGCCUGGUGAGUUGUCUAGUGAGAGUGGGUCAGAGGAUGCCAUUGAGUCUGAGUCAGUGGUUAAAGGUGGUGAGGUUGCAGAGGUAAUGGAGAAUGGGGCUCCGUCUCCUACAGGAAGGAAAAGAAAGUUUUCACCUAUAGUGUGGGAUAGAGAUGACAAGGACUUAAGUAAUUUGUCCAAAAGUAGGAAUUCACCAGCAUUUAUUGCCCUUCCUCCUCCACCACCACUGCCAAAAGUUUACCGCAAGUCACCUAGUAGUAUCCCCGGUGGGCCUGUACAGAUAUCUCCUGUUAGAGAUAUUAAAAGCGAGAAAUCUCAGUCUCCUUCACCAGUUGCAGCUUCUGAAACUGGAAGAUACUCUGCACAGCCAUCUCCAGUGGAUUUGGAUUUGUCACUACCAAAAGAGCUGGGUAAUGAUCAGGAUACCGAGCAACUAGAAGAUGAAGAUUAUGUACCUACCCGACAUAUAUCUUCCUCAAGAUGGGCGGUUGGUGAUAGUUCUCCGGGUGAUGAGGGUGAAAUUGUAGAAGAUGAGGAAAUGCCUAAAAGGAGGAAAAAAUUACCUCUUUCAGAAUCAUCCCAUAACAGAGUGCGCAACAAGUCGGCAACUCCUGAGCUUGGGGAGCUUAAGAGGGAAAGCUCUGAGGGAAUUAGAGUGAGAUCAUCUGAAUCUGAUGAACGAGUUGCCCAUUCCAAGUCUGGAAGUGGGGAUGAUUACCCUGGUAAUGAUUCAGAGAAGGAUGACUACAUGGACAUUGACAAUGAACAUGAUAGAAAUGACAGUAGUGUUAGCCAGUCUGAUACAGAUUCUGAGAAUGAAAAUGAUUCACAUGGGACACCAGAACCUCCAGCUCCUCUUCUAAGAAGUGUAAACAUGCUUCAGGGAUGUAGAAGUGUUGACGAAUUUGAGAGACUAAAUAAGAUAGAUGAAGGAACUUAUGGUGUUGUAUAUAGAGCUAGGGACAAGAAGAAUGGGGAAAUUGUGGCGUUGAAGAAGGUCAAGAUGGAGAAAGAAAGAGAAGGUUUUCCUCUGACCUCUCUGAGGGAAAUAAAUAUUCUUCUUUCUUUCCAUCACCCAUCAAUUGUAGAUGUUAAAGAAGUAGUUGUAGGGAGUAAUCUUGAUAGCAUUUUUAUGGUCAUGGAAUACAUGGAACAUGAUCUGAAAGGGCUGAUGGAGACAAUGAAGCAACCAUUCAGCCAAAGUGAGGUUAAAUGCCUGAUGCUUCAGCUGCUGGAGGGUGUGAAGUAUCUUCAUGAUAACUGGGUUCUCCAUCGAGAUUUGAAGACAUCUAAUCUGCUUUUAAAUAACCAGGGUGAACUUAAGAUUUGUGAUUUUGGGUUGGCUCGUCAAUAUGGAAGCCCACUAAAACCAUAUACUCAUUUGGUUGUUACUCUUUGGUACAGGGCACCUGAACUUCUUUUGGGAGCAAGACAAUAUUCCACUGCAAUUGACAUGUGGUCUCUGGGUUGUAUCAUGGCUGAACUACUAUCGAAAGAACCACUUUUCAAUGGGAAAACCGAAUUUGAUCAACUUGACAAGAUUUUUAGAAUCCUUGGAACACCAAAUGAGACAAUAUGGCCUGGUUUUUCCAAGUUGCCUGGAGUCAAGGUCAAUUUUGUCAAGCAUCAGUAUAAUCUAUUGCGGAAGAAAUUUCCAGCAACAUCAUUCACUGGAACACCCGUUCUCUCUGACGCUGGAUUUGACUUGUUGAAUAAACUUCUUACUUAUGAUCCUGAGAAGCGUAUAACAGCCGAAGCUGCUCUAAACCAUGAAUGGUUUCGUGAAGUUCCUCUUCCCAAGACCAAAGCUUUCAUGCCCACUUUCCCUGCCCAACAUGCUCAAGACAGGCGUAUGAGAAGAAUGUUGAAGAGUCCAGAUCCUUUGGAAGAGCAACGCAGAAAGGAGUUGCAGCAAGGGGAAUUGGGGACUGGUGGUUUGUUUGGCUGAGAAAAGUUCAACCAUCGGUGCCAUUUGAUCUUCAGGUUUUAGAUUUUGACACUAUUGUAAGAUGGCAAUGAUUGAGGUGAGAGACAUGCAUUCAACGGAAGUUGCAAACUUUGUUUGUCAGACGAUCAUUCUUGCUGUUUUUUAGCAGGCACUGAUGAUGAUUUGGCUGGAGAUAUUGUUUGCCUCUUCCUGUGAACCCGAUGUUUUGCAGGUUAAUUGUUUUCCAGCUUUGGUCAUCAUAUAGAAAUGCAUCUGACACUGCUUACAUCGCAAGGUGUGGCUUAUCAGCCUUUCUUCUUUUAGAAAUCAGUUUCAGCUGAAACUUGUGUAACAUAUUUUUAUUGGAACAAUGAUGUAAACAUUCACUUUAUAGCUGGUUUUGAAUAUUGAAACAAUAUGGAUUUCUUCCAACCAUCAGUUCCAUCUUUUUUAAUAUUGACAUUGUGUUUGCAAGAGACGGUUGGUGUGAAGUGGAGGGGACGUUCUUUGCUUUUCAUUGAAGAAGAAAUUGACAGUAACCAUUAUACAUCAAAGGUAACUUAUUAAUCCAAUAUCUGUGGAAUGCUUUAUGGAGUUAGGUAUAUAGUGUCCAUCAAUGAGGGAUUGCCUCUGCAGUAUGAACAUUGCAGUGCCAACUUAGCUAUAAUGGUGUUAUUUUUUCUUUUUUCUUUUGUCUUUUUUUUAAUUAUGUAAUCUUAUGUGAGAAAUAUUUGUAACUUUGUUGGAGAUGUAGAGGAGAAUUGCCUUAAUCUGAAUUGCUGCUAGGACAACAGUUAUGUGUAUGGUUUUGUAUGACAGUUUUUUCUUGAGUUGAAAAGAAAUACUUUAAGUAGUUGAGAUGUUGCAAAUAUUUCCUCUCUUCCCCCAUUGUGAUGUGUUCAAGAUUUGUUAUUUGGUAUUUGUGUGUGCAUUUGCGGGGAAGAAGGAUUAAAAACUCAAUUAUUGUUGUCAAUUAAAGGAAUUGGCUUAUGAACUGUUAUUAAUAAAUUCUUUAUUUGUUUAUUGUUUUGACUACCCAUUUUAACAGUUCAUUUGUCUUUAGUGACUGUUAAUCUGCAACUGUGGACAACUUAUCAAAGGGGGAAGUAGUCAUCGCUAAUUAAGUCAAAGAACUUGUAGUUUAUUUUAUGCCCUUUUUAUCUGAUCGUGCCAAAGAGUAGAGCUGUACUUUUCCACGGAUGAUGAUUUGAUUUGUUUUGGUGCUUAAUUAGCCUUUGGUUUUUCUGGAAAAAAAGAAAAGAUUUUGAUGCCUAUUCCCUCUAAACCACAGCCUGCAGAAAAAACGAGGGCUUAAACUAUAGAAGGAAAUGAGUUAUGGUUGGAAUGAUGAUUUCAUUCAAUUAAGCAGUUAGUUUAGGUCCAUGAGUUUAUGGUGAGUUUCGUAAAGUUGCUAAUUUUAACUCAAAACGAUUGAUUAGCUGUUGCCUUGCUCUUGUCUACUAGCAAGUCCUCUUUUGUACUUUAUUGAUUUAAUUUACCUGUUGAGUGUAAUUUGGUUAGUCAGCAAUUGAAACCAUCUUCUAAAGAUGUUAAAGUUAACAUGCAAUUUGCUAGCAUUUCCUUUUUAUUAUGUUUCAAUUAUGGUCUGAGAAGAUUCAAGCUGUAAUUAGCUCUGGAAUCUUUUAUGACAUGUCUGCGAAUGUCACUGCAGUCUCAAAGCAAGCAGGUUGAGGAGGUUACCUGCAUAUUGUGGAUUUUAUCUAACUUCCAAUUAUUUGUUCCUUCAGGCUCAGUAGAGGUACCAUACAAACUUUAGUCUGUUACAAUAUCUUAGAUUACCUUUUGUCACUUUAAUAUUUCUAUCUUCAAUUAACUUGUUCACUUUAAUAUUUUCUCUCUCUUCUGAUCUGUAUGUUGGGAUGGUUUACUAGCUUUUUUCAUUAUUUUAUGUAAUGCUUUCGUCAAGAUGUGUUUGAUUUUAGUAAUUGUAAUGAAAGAAUUAUACAAGUGAAUCAAGAAAGAAUGAACUUUUCUGUAUCUUUCCUGAACAGUUUGUCCUAGCCUUAUGGAACAGUCAGGGUAAAGUUAUGUCUGUCUUAUGUUCUUUCACCUUCCAUUUUCUAUCUUCAUAUAUAGUUGUAAUGGAUGAUAUUGAUUGUUAGAUAUUCAUUUAGUGGUAUGCUCUGCUGUGGAGACCUUGGCUGUAA